AUGUGUGAAAGAACAGAUGAUGAUCUGCCUCCAUCGCAUAGGGUACCACGAGGAGGACGUGUGCCUGGUAAUGGAAGACCUAUGAAUCUUCCUCCAUCUUAUCCAAAGAUGUAUGAUGAAGUUGCUGCUGAUAUGGAAGCUCAGAUUCAUCAGAUUGAGAAGGAAGCAUACAUAGCUGUUAUAAGAGCCUUUAAAGCCCAAGCAGAUGCAAUUACAUGGGAAAAAGAAAGUCUAAUAACAGAACUCCGUAAAGAACUGAGUUUAUCGAAUGAGGAGCAUCGAGAGCUUCUAGGUCGUGUUAACGCAGAUGAUACAAUAAAAAGGAUAAGGGAAUGGAGACAAUCUGGAGGAAUGCAACCAAGUAUGCGCAAUGCUGCUCAAGUAGUUCACGAUACAUUGCCUAGCCCUUCUGUUUCAGCUUCUAUGAAGAAGCACAAACCAAACCAGCCAAUUCCAUCUCAACCAUUCGCUGGUUCUUCACCUUCUUUUCAUUCUCAAGUUGAUCCCACUCACCCGUUUGCUUCAUCGACAGCUAAACGAGGAGGAUCUGUUCCUAAUGUCAAGGGCAAAAAGCAUAAACCAGUUUUUCCUGGUUCGUCCUCCACAAAACCUGUCUCAUAUCCUCCUUCAGAUCAACCUCCACGAGGACAAGUCAUGAACAGAAUACCAUCUGGUCCUACCACUUCAAGUGAACCCACAAACGGAAUUGAACCUGAAUCUUUUGUAGGAAAAAGAGUUCGAACAAGGUGGCCUGAAGACAAUACAUUUUACGACGCUGUCAUCACCAAGUAUAAUCCAGUUGAGGGUCGUCAUGCUUUGGUUUACGACAUUGGAACACUUAAUGAGACAUGGGAAUGGGUUAAUCUCUCAGAGAUAUCUCCUGGGGAUAUUGAGUGGAUAGGAGAGGAUCCUGGGGUCGGUAAUCGAUAUAGUUAUAACGGACAAAGUCAUGGACUGAAUAGAACUACAGGACCCAACAGUGUUCCACAACGAGGAAGCGGUUUGGCGAAGAACACUAUCAGAAAAGAUUUCAGAACAUCACAGAAUGGAAAUGGGAAAAAGAAACACGUUGAUAUACGAAUCCGUCAAACAAAUGUCCUAAUCAGAGAGGUGGAGAGAGUUCUUGGUUCGCAUAAUCCAGAUCCUCAAGAAGUUGAAAGGGCUAAGAGAAUUUUGGAGGAGCAAGAGCAAGCACUUGUGGGCGCAAUUGCAAAGCUUGGAGACAUAUCCGAUGGAGAAAAUGGCAAGUGUUUAAUUUCAUAUCAAGGAUUUAGCAUCUUCAAGCACUAUAUCAUCAUUGAUCUUCCUCCAUUUGAGCAAAUAAAGACGAAAUACUUAUAA